GAGCGUAGCCAUCACAUGUCACGUGAUGCAUCCGCCAUUACAACCGUGAAACCCGUGAGCCGUGAAAGAUGUAUAAAGAUGGAGGGGGGAAUCGUGCGCCGUGUUUAACUGUUUUAACAACAGAAAGAAAAUUUAUUUGUGGAAACAUUCUCUCUGCAAAGACCACGUCGGCAUUCUCCACAAAGAUUGUCCCUGCAUUGUGCCUUACAGCCUCCACAAGAUGCCGAAAGCGGAGCCAGAGAAACUUCAAUGGCAACGGGCACUACACCGCAAUGAUUUGCCGAAGAAUGUGUUCGUGUGUUCAACACAUUUUAUUGAUGGUCGACCAACUGCAAGAAAUCCCAUACCCAGUCUGAAUUUAGGUUAUGAAGCUCCCAUAAAAGUUGGUCGUCGACUUUUGAAAAGGAAGUCUGUCACAGAACAAAAGACAGAUGGGACAGAAGUUAUAAAACAACAAAAACUGGCUGCUACUGCUGCAGACGAAGUCGAAACCCUCACCAUUCAGACUGAACCAAACAUGACAUCUUCUUCCAUGCAGACGAGCAUCACAGAGAGCAGAACUGCGGGCACACAGUGGACAGAUCCCACAUUGUGUGAACAUGAAUACGCAAGACCAUUCCUUGCAGGAUCUAGGAGUUCAGGUACACAAACAACAGUCAUCAAGAUGGAGGAAAAAGGUGUAAACUGCAGCACUCUACACGUACGUCUCAGUGCUGCUGACAUAACAACUAACUCCUUAGCCUUGAUCUACACAGGACUGCCUCUGAAGACUUUUAGAACUCUUUUGCGUGUUAUGGAAAGUUUGAACAAUCCACUGACAUUUACUAUGCCUGUGUCAGAUCAAGUCUUACUAGUUCUUAUUAAAUUAAGGCUUAAUUUACUGUUUGCAGAUAUUGCCAACAGAUUUGGUAUAUCGGAGUCUCAUGCGUGCAACAUUUUUAAUCAAAGACUCUCUUUUAUGGCUUCAAAACUAAAAAACUUAAUAGUUUGGCUUCCACGUGAAACAAUUAGGGCAACCAUGCCAAAGUCUUUUCGUGAGAACUUUCCCAAAACUACAGUCAUCAUUGAUUGUGCAGAAACUUUUAUUCAACGAGCAAAAAACUUGAAGACCAGAGGAGAAACAUAUAGUCACUACAAGUCAAACAACACAGGGAAGUAUUUGGUUGGUAUUGCACCACAUGGUCAGAUUAUGUUUAUAUCUAAGGGCUUUGGAGGAAGGUCUAGUGAUAAAGCAAUUGUGGAAGAAUCUGGGAUUUUAAAUUACCUCCUUCCUGGGGAUGAAAUCAUGGCCGAUCGAGGUUUUACCAUUGAUGACCUACUCUUUCCUCUGAAAGUGAAACUUAACAUUCCAGCUUUUACAAAAGGUAAAGACCAACUGUCAGAAGAGGAUGUUACAGAGACCAGAAGAAUUGCCACGGUCCGGAUUCACGUGGAACGGGCUAUUAGACGAUUAAAGGUGUUCCGCAUAUUGAGUCAGAUUGUUCCAGUUACCUCGGUGAAGAAACUUAGUAAAUACUUGAUUGUUUGUGCUGCAUUGGUUAACUUAAGAUCUGACCUUAUCAAAGAUGAUGAUGAGUAAAUUGUGUAUUGUUCCACCCCUGUACACUACUGUAAUCAGUUUAUACCUGUCAAUUUGGUUAUCUUUGCAUCAGCAGGUUACAACAGGGUAUUAUUUUAUAAUAACAUAAUGUUUUCAUGUUAUUAAAAUAUUUGUGUUAAAAAAGAUACUGUGCUUGGCAUAUCAUUAUGGAGGUUUACAUGAGAGUAAGUCCAAAAAGUUUUAUGUCUGACAAGAAAUCUAAAUUCAAUUAGUUUUCAAUCAAUAGUUUGCCAAGAUUUGAAUAUGUUAAUUCAAUUUUGAUCACAGUCCAUUUUCUUUUUACACGGAAAAGUAACAAAUUUCUUUUGUUCAUUUUAAAAAAAUACAUUUGAAACUCCAUUAAUGUAAAGUUAUGUACAUUCAAGUCACUUAUUAAGUCUUUGCAUGUUGGUGAAUAAAUACUGUUUAAGCUUCUUGACCUCCACCCUUCUACUAACUAUUUGAAUUUACUCUUUUUUCAGACAUUGAUUUUUUAUGUGGCACCUAACUUUAAAAAAAAUUGUUUACAUAUUAUAUUAAGUAAUAAAUGAUUACCCCAGAAUGAAAAGAUAUUUGACU